GGGUUCAGAGGCUUCACCCAGCAAUGCGCUGCCGCAGACUGGCCCUGGGCCUCGGAUUCAGCCUGCUGUCGGGCAUUGCCCUCUGGUCCCUGUGGAUGUAUAUGGAGACCUGGCUGCCCUUCUCCUAUGUCCCCUAUUAUCUCCCCUGCCCAGAGAUCUUCAACAUGAAACUGCAGUAUAAGGGGGAGAAGCCAUUCCAGCCUGUGACACGGUCACCGCACCCUCAGCCCAAGCUCCUAGAGCAGAGGCCUACUGAGCUGCUGACGCUCACACCCUGGUUGGCGCCCAUUGUCUCCGAGGGAACCUUCAACCCUGAGCUUCUGCAGCACAUCUACCAGCCGCUGAACCUGACCAUCGGGCUCACAGUGUUUGCCGUGGGGAAGUAUACCCGCUUCGUCCAGCACUUCCUGGAGUCGGCUGAGCAGUUCUUCAUGCAGGGUUACCAGGUGUACUACUAUAUCUUCACUAAUGACCCUGCAGCCAUUCCUCGGGUCCCGCUGGGCCCCGGCCGCCUCCUCAGCAUCAUCCCCAUCCAGAGGCACUCCCGCUGGGAGGAGAUUUCCACGCGCCGGAUGGAGACCAUCAGCCGGCAUAUUGCCCAGAGGGCACACCGCGAGGUGGAUUACCUCUUCUGUGUCGACGUGGACAUGGUGUUCCGGAACCCAUGGGGCCCCGAGACCUUGGGGGACCUAGUGGCUGCAAUUCACCCAGGCUACUAUGCUGUACCCCGCCAGCAGUUCCCCUACGAGCGCAGGCAUAUUUCCACAGCCUUUGUGGCAGAGAACGAGGGGGACUUCUAUUAUGGUGGGGCGGUCUUUGGGGGGCGGGUGGCCAAGGUGUACGAGUUUACCACAGGCUGCCACAUGGCCAUCCUGGCAGACAAGGCCAAUGGCAUCAUGGCAGCCUGGCAGGAGGAGAGUCACCUGAACCGUCGCUUCAUCUCGCACAAGCCCUCCAAAGUGCUGUCCCCUGAGUACCUCUGGGAUGACAGGAAGCCCCAGCCACCUAGCCUGAAGUUGAUCCGCUUUUCUACACUGGACAAGGCCACCAGCUGGCUGAGGAGCUGACAGCAGAGCCAGGGCUCCAUGAAUGGGGCCCUAAGCCCCGCAGCCAGCUCACCCCAGCACAGCACCCAGCUCGCCCCAGCAGCCACCUUGCAUCAGUGCCUCCCUUCUCGAGCCUCAUGUGAGACCAGUCCAGUCUUGCCUAACUCAGUCUGUUAGCAGAACUCACCUGGAAAAUGGAUGCAGAAAGGCCUUCGUACACUGUAGAGGGCUGCCUCCCCAUGAGGGAGAAGGCAAAGACCACACAGCCCUAGAAUCAGGAAGAUGGGAGGCGGGUGAAGAAGUCCAGGGCCUGGCAGCCUCACCCAGCAGAUGUGCCUUUGGGGCAGGCCCUGGAGUCAGCCCUACACUGUGCCUGAGACCCAACCUGUGCCUCCCUUCUGUUGCCUCUCGCCCUUAAAGUUGCACUUCUAAGCCGCUGCUGUGAAAGGCAUCCCAGACCCCUCUUCUCUGGCUGCCGGGGGUCUUGGGGACUGUGAAGUCCCCCAGCCACACAGAGCCAAUCCCUCGCUCAGCCUGGGAGUGAGCCUUUGCAGCAGAACAGGCCUGGCUCCCUCUGGUUGCCAGGUCUAGCCUGUGCCCCAUGGUGGGCCACACUCGCUGGCACCAACCACCUCCUUUGUAAGAGGGUUUGGGCAGCUUUUAACAAAGGUGGUGUGGGAGGUGCCUGAAUGGCUCCGUCGGUUGAGCGGCUGACUCUUGGUUUCAGCUCAGGUCAUGAUCUCAGGGUCUUGGGAUAGAGCUCUCCUCCUCACUGCCCCAUCCAGCUCCUUGCUCAGUGGGCGAGUCUGGUUGAGCUUCUCUCUCUCCCUCUGCUCCUCCCCCACUCACACGUGUGUGCACAUUUGCACGCUCUCUCUUAAAUAAAUAAAUCUUAAGAAA